AUCCUCACCAAACAUCGACAACCACAACAAUGGCAUACGAAGGCAGAGUCGGAUCGCGCUUCGGGGGCGGAGGUGUCGCCUCGCACUCAGUAUCAAACCAAGAUAGACGCGAGCGUCUCCGAAAACUCGCGCUCGAGACCAUAGACCUUGAUAAAGAUCCCUACUUGUGAGCAGUCCCCUUCUCCGUGCUCUUUGCUUACAGAUCGUCCCAAAAACUAAUAAGCUCAACAGCUUCAAAAACCACGUCGGCUCCUUCGAAUGCCGUCUCUGCCUAACGGUCCACCAAAACGAUGGCUCCUACCUCGCCCACACCCAGGGUCGCAAGCACCAGACCAACCUCGCCCGUCGCGCCGCCCGUGAAGCCAAAGAGGGUCGAAACCUUGAUCCAAUAACCGGCCUGCCACAAGGGAUGAUCGGCCAGCAGCUCAUCGCGCCAAAAAAGCAUCUGAAAAUCGGCCGCCCCGGUUACAAGAUCACCAAGCUUCGGGACCCCGUUACCCGACAAUUGGGGUUGCUCUUCCAGUUGCAGUACCCCGAGAUUGGCACCGAGAUCAAACCCCGGUAUCGGUUUAUGAGCGCUUUCGAGCAGAGAGUUGAGGUCCCUGCUGAUAAGAAUUUUCAGUAUCUGCUGGUCGCUGCUGAGCCGUAUGAAACGGUUUCGUUCAAGUUGCAGGCUCGGGAGGUGGAUAGAAGUCCUGGGAAGUUCUGGACGCAUUUUGACUCGGAUAGUAAAGAGUUUUUCUUGCAGCUGUUUUUCAAGACGGAGAGGGAGGAGAGGUAUGCUGGUGUGCCAGGGUUGGCUCCGAGGGUGUGAGAUGCUUGACGGGGACGUUACGACCUUUCCAAUUCGUCGAUUCGAGGGGAGAUUGGCUGCGUGGCGAGCAAUCUCGAUGGGGUUCAUGGUUUGCUUCUCUAGUUUUUCUUUCUACUUUUUCGCGCAAAAAAGGGCACAUUCUGAUUUUCAGUUAGACGCUGAAGGUGGGAACCGACCCGGUAGUAAAUGUAAUGUACUAGUACACUGCUACAUCAAGGACAGAAAGGCAAGGGAGGCCUCCCAGCCUACCCUCCGUCCGAACUUCAUCUAAGAUAUGGCAAAACAAUAAAACUCCGAGUAAACCUUCG